UUGCGACACCGCUUUUGUUCUCCUGGAUUUGCGUUCGCCAUUUACCACACACACAGCAAGCCACGCCGCUGCAAACGAAGAAAACGAGAAGCACCACCCGAACCCGACCCGACAGCAACGAUGGCGUCUCUCAUGAAGGCAACCCGCGCGGCAUCCCAGGCUGGCCGUGCUCUUGGCGCACGCGCUAUGUCGUCGCAGACCCCGCAGAUUGACGUUGAGGGCAUCCUGGCCAACGCCGGCCUCACGGCAAAGGACGUCAACCAGGGCGUGUUCACUGGCAAGUGGCAGCAGGGCAAGGGCCAGGAGUACACCUCCCUGGACCCAGGCACCAACAACGGCAUUGCCAGCGUCUCCUACGGCACCCCCGAGCAGAUGGAAGAGGCCAUUGCCGCCGCAAAGGAGGCCUGGCCCGAGUGGGCAAAGCUCACCAUGCCCGCCCGCGGCGACAUUGUCCGUCAGAUUGGCGACGCCCUCCGCGAGAACCUCGAGUCCCUCUCCCAAGUGCUGACGCUUGAGAACGGCAAGAUCCUGCCCGAGGCCCGUGGCGAGGUGCAGGAGUUUGUCGACAUUUGCGACUACGCUCUCGGCCUCAGCCGCUCCAUCAACGGCAGCAUCCUCCCCUCCGAGCGCCCUGACCAUAUGCUCAUGGAGCAGUGGAACCCGCGCGGUCUCGUUGGCAUGAUCACCGCCUUCAACUUCCCUGUCGCCGUCGCCGGCUGGAACCUUGCCCUCUCCCUCGUUGCGGGCAACACGCACGUCUGGAAGGGCUCCCCAACCACCCCACUCACCAGCAUUGCCCUCACCAAGGUCAUGGCCGAGGUGCUUGAGCGCAACAACAUCAACCCGGCCAUCAUCUCCAUGGUGUGCGGCGGCGCGGAUGUUGGCCACACCCUGUGCGCCGACCGCCGCGUGGACCUCCUCUCCUUCACGGGCAGCACCAAGGUCGGCCGCGAGGUUGGCGUCACCGUCCAGUCCCGCUUUGGCCGCUCCCUGCUCGAGCUCGGCGGCAACAACGCCAUUGUCGUCAUGGAUGACGCCGAUCUCGAGAUGGUUGUCCGCUCCGUCCUCUUCGCCUCUGUCGGUACCGCCGGCCAGCGCUGCACCACCUGCCGCCGCCUGGUGCUGCACGAGGAUGUGUAUGACGAGGUUGUUGAGCGCCUGAAGAAGGCGUAUGCCUCUGUGCGCAUUGGCCACCCGCUCCAGGACGGCACCCUCUGCGGUCCCCUCCACACCAAGCAGGCCGUCGAGAACUACACAAAGAUGAUUGAGCAAGCAAAGGCCGAGGGCUGCACCAUCCUGCAUGGCGGCAACGUGCUGUCUGACCUCCCCGGCAACUUUGUUGAGCCCACGCUCGUGGAGUGCCCACGCCCUGACGUCGGCUGCAUCAUGACGGAGACCUUCGCCCCGAUCCUGUACAUCACCAAGUGCAAGUCCUUUGAGGAGGCCAUUGCCAUCAACAACUCGGUCAGCCAGGGUCUCUCCAGCAGCGUGUUCACCCGCGACCCGUCGAAGAUCUUCAAGUGGAUUGGGCCCUUUGGCUCCGACACGGGCAUCAUCAACGUGAACAUCCCGACCAACGGCGCCGAGAUUGGCGGUGCCUUUGGCGGCGAGAAGGAGACGGGCGGCGGCCGGGAGUCUGGCAGCGAUGCCUGGAAGCAGUACAUGCGCCGCUCCACCAUCACCAUGAACUACGGCACCGAGCUCCCACUUGCGCAGGGUAUCAAGUUCGAGUAAAGCUCACGGAGUGAGCCGGUGGGUGGGUGGCUUGUGCAAUCGCCAUUGUCUGCAACCACCAUGAUGAGCAAUAAGUCAUGAUGUUGCAAUGACCAUGAUUUGCAACUAUCAGUCUCUCCCCCCCUCCCCAAACUCGCCCUGAUCCACCAGCACCUCAACAACAACAACGCCCACGUACCAACCAACGUUAUGUUGUCGCAUGAUCGUUUGCAUGGGUCUUUUUUCGUUCUCUUGCCUCGGUCAUGUACGUUCCUUACUUGUUUGUUGUCUUGUCAACACUCAUAACCAACCACCAUUCAUUGCCAACACAACGCGCAUGUGCUUCCUGUUGUCUGGCUUUGAGAUGCGUGACUUGCCUUGCCUUUGUGGUGUGAACACACAAGUACAGCAUGAACUUGGA